AUGCUGUGUAGUCAGUCAGUCGUAUAUUCAGGAUAUCAAAAGUCCGAGAGGAAAAUGGAGGAUGAAUGGACGAAGACAACUGCAAUCGUGGUAGAAAACAAUGGGAAAACAGAUGAAGUUGUGAAAAGCUCUGUGAAAGAUGUGAGAAAGCACUCUGCCAGUGUGCCGGGACCAGGAACUAGCAGGAGUACUAAUUCAAAGUUCCGCAGAGCAGCUGGCCAAGCAAAGAGCUGA